GGCUUUGAAUGGGCUUUUAGAAGAUAGCUCUCGUCUUGUUCUUCUUCCUCGCCCUCUCUCAGAUUCGCUCAUACUCUCUCCUCCAAAGAAAGCAAGCUACUUUGAUCCAUCUUCCUGAUCUCGUUUCUAACUCUCUCAAAUGGGUUCAUCUGAGAAGAGGUCAAAGGAUGUCAUGAGUGACAUACCAACCUUCAGUGGAGAGAAUCUGCAGAAGAAUUUGAAAGUUAUACAGAACAGCCGGACGUUUCUGUCUAUCAUAGCUGGAGUCCUUGCAGGGAUAAUUGGAUUCACAGGGUUGACUGGUUUUGUGUUUUACUUUGUGGUGAUGUUGAUUACAUCUGUUGGACUCAUGGCUAAGGCAGGAUUCUCUGCAGACUUGUACUUUGAUUCAUGGAACCGUGUCCUUUUUGACGGUUUUCUUGGUGGACUCAUGUCGUUUGUGCUGUUCUGGACAUUUGCUUAUGACUUGGUGCACAUAUUCUGAAGGAUCUUCAGCUGGAAAUGAAGAUGGUGAAACAACACACAUGAGUUUGGUACCCUGCAGAAGAUUGGACAAUGUUUCUCUGCCUCUCUUUUUGAACAAACAGAUUAUGAGUCUAUUACUUUGCCUUUGUUUCAGUUAUACUUGACAUCACAUUCAUUGUGAAACCUUUGGAUUGACUAGUUAAAGUAUUUUAAUCACCCUUUCUUCAAA